AUGGUACACGAUACAUUGUCAUUAUUUUCACAGAGGUUACUUAACCUUGAAUUGAAGGCGGGGACCAGAGUAGAAGAAGAUGUACAACGUCAAUUAGUUCACUUGAGGAAAUUAAUAGAUGAUGCUUAUACAGAUAACCCCGAGUUAAAAACCUUGAAUAGAAUAAUUUCUGAUCUUAAUAUGUGGAAAUCUUUUGAUGACAAUAUUCCAAAAGACAAUCAAGAUGGUAAGGAUUCGGGUGUUUCAAUAGAGCUGAAAGAAGCUCUUAUCCUAUCUAAGUAUCCAGUUCUACAGGAUGCAUACAACAAUUUAGCUAAACUCUCUACAAUGGACAUACCUAAAUUGGUCAACUAUAUUGAGACCUCACAGGAUAAAACUCACGACUUAUUUAACGAUCUUUGCAUAAUGUCAGAGAGGAAGGUAUCUGUAGAAGCUAUAGCACAAAAUUUCCAUAUACUAGUGGUAAAAAACAUGAUAGUUUUAGAGAAGUAUAUUGCUUUAAUGCAAAGAGAAAAUGAAUUUUGGGCUACAGUUGAAACCAGGUUGACACUAUUAAAUCAAAAGAUAUUAAAGAGUGAAGAGAGUAAGAGAAUUAUGAAUAAAUAUUAG